GCGCAGAAGUUUACACGGCUGCAUUUCAGUUUGUCAAGAAGCUGGGUGCUCAUCCUGAGUUAGUUUCACUUGUCCAAACACUCCGCCACCACAAGCGUCAAACCUCUGGGUUGGAGUCUCUCAUUUUGAGAUCAACUGCACACGACCAUGGAGGCGAUCGGGUCUUGAUCCUGGGUGAGACCAUACCUUCAGUGGCUGAAAGACUGCGAAAGCUGGCCAGACAGAGCGAUAUAAUAUUAGACUGUCAACAAUCCUCAGAAAGUAGAUAAAUAUGCGGAAUAUCAUCAACAGUAUUGCCUUAUGCGAGAUGAGAGCAUUUUGGAUCAGGGCCAUACGUUCAACACCCUCGCAUCACGCAUGAUGUACUCGCCGCAAGGACGGAUAAAACGAUUGAUGGUGGAACUUGCCAAUAUGGCAACGUCACUUCCAGUGGGAAUAUAUGUUAAAGCAAGCGAGAGUCGCCCAGAUUUGAUGCGGUGUCUUAUCAUGGGACCACCGGACAGCCCGUAUGGGUAUGGUCUCUUUGAUUUCGAUUUGCUGUGCAAAGAAACUUAUCCACAAGAGCCGCCUAUCAUGGCAUGCCGCACCGCUCAGGAGUGCAGAGGUCAGCUUAAUCCAAAUCUCCACCCAGACGGGAAAGUUUGCCUCUCGCUACUCGGUACAUGGAAGGAAGGUGACGCCGCAGCGCAAUGGCAGCCUGGAAAGUCCACCAUUCUCUCCGUGCUUAUUAGCAUCCAGGCAAUGAUAUUCACAGAAGAUCCAUUCAGGAAUGAACCAGCAAACACUAACAGGGUUGGAAGGAGAGCUGACAGGGAAGCACAGAUGACUAUCCAGAAGAUCCAACCUUUGACUAUUGAAUACGGCAUGCUGGCAUGGUUGGAAAAACAGCAAAGGCUUAACGGAGUAUGGGGUGAUAUCGUCAAGGCGCAUUUCAAGCUCAAUAAAGAAAAAAUUCUAACCAAUAUUAACAAAUGGGCGCAGAGCAAUCCGGCCGUUGGUCGAGGAUAUGAAUGGUACAGGAGUGGCGUGUCACCAGUCGAGCGGCUUAGAAGACACCUUGACAGUCUCAGUGGGUUUUCAUAAUUGUGCAGGUCGAAUGCUAACUAACUAUGGGCGGCUUGU